CAGUGGUAGUUUCUGUUGACACCGGAAGUGCCUCUACGAGCUACCGCUGUUACCCAUUAAUGUCUCCCUGUGUCAGGAGCUUCUCCUCCCAGCUCUAUUUACUGGACUGUUUAUAUAAAGAGUCUAUGGUGCUGGAGCCUGAGCUGGACAUGUGAAGACAUCAGCAGGACGAGUGGCUAAUAGUAGCUAGCAUUAGCGGCCAGUCAGCUGGCAAUCAGCGGAGGUUUCAGGGAGACAGACUGACACCAGAGGGCAACAAUGCUGCAGCUGGGGGAUGAAGUCACCCUGUACUCGGUGGUGUUCGUGCUGGUCCUGCUGGGGACCAGGAGCCCGCUGUGGACCACCGUCCUCACCGCGUCCCUCUACCUGUUGAUGGCCAUGUUAAGGUUCCCUCAGGUACCGGCCAGCCGAGCCCAGCAGGUCCUGCACCCCGGCUCCGGCGAGGUGUCAGCGGUGGCCCACCGGGGCGGGGGGCACGACGCACCGGAGAACACGAUAGCAGCCAUCCGGGAGGCCAAGAAAAAUGGGGCAGCAGGUGUGGAGCUGGACCUGGAGUUCUCUGCAGACGGCGUUGCAAUACUCAUGCAUGACGAGACUGUGGACCGGACCACUAACGGGUCAGGACCACUCAGCCAGAUGAGAUUCUCUGACUUGCGUAAACUGGAUGCAGCUGCUAAACAUCGACUUAGAGAGAAGUUUGCAGGAGAGACGAUCCCAACCCUGGAAGAGGCCGUGGAGGAAUGCAUCAAACUGCAACUUGUCAUCUACUUUGAUGUCAAAGGUCAUCCAGAUGAGGCAGCCGCAGCCCUUAAAGAGUUGUAUAAGAAACAUCCAGUCCUCUACAACAGCAGCAUCGUCUGCUCCUUUGAGCUUAAAGUCAUCUACAGGAUGAGACAGAGUGACCCAGAGGUGGUCACAGCACUGACACAUCGACCGUGGAGUCUGAGUCGGUUAGGAGACGGUGCCCCGCGAUUCUCCUCGCUUUGGAAACGCCACUGGAUGACACUGAUGGACAUAGUUCUGGACUGGGCUCAUCAUCAUGUGCUGUGGAAGCUCUGUGGCAACUCAGCCUUCCUAAUACAAAAGAACUUUGUCUCACUGGACUACGUGCAGUACUGGGCCCAGAGAGGGGUGGAGGUUGUAGCCUGGACAGUCAACACAAAAGCUGAGAAGGACUAUUACCACACGCUGCUCCAAGUCAACUACAUCACAGACAGCCUGGUGGAAGACUGUGAACCUCAUUACUGACACCAGACAGAAAGGCUCAAACACACACUUGAGACAAAAGCCCUCAUGGACGAGAUGUUUCACUUCUCCUCACCGACAUGUGUCGUGGUGGAGGAGAACACACAGGAGCCACUGUUUUGAUUUAAUCUAAUCAGACUGGGUGCCAUUCUUAGUAACAUGAUGCCGCGUAACAGGUUUUAUUUGGACAUAAUCAUUUUAAUGUGAUGAUGAAUUCUCUCAGACAUGGUUUGUAAUAGCUUCAAUACAAGCAUUUUUGUAGUAAGUGUCUAUAAUAGACCUUAAUCGAAUGUACUGUAUUCACCCACUCAGGAAUACAAUGAUUUUAUUGUCUUGAUAA